AUGUCGUCGUUCAAACUCCGCAUCCCGGCCUCCAGCGCCAACAUCGGCCCCGGAUUCGACGUCUUGGGCAUCGGUUUGAACAUGUACCUCGAAAUCGCCGUGAAAUUCGACAAACUGGUCGACACUUCCGCCGAUAAACACAACGUCAAGCUCUCCUACGAGGGCAACGGCGCCGCGGGCGUGCCGCUUGAAAGCGAGAGAAACUUGGUCACUGCUACCGCCUUGUAUGUGAUGCGCUGUAACGGAAUGGAGAACUUCCCAGACGGAACCUUGGUCCAUGUCACCAACCCAAUCCCACUAGGAAGAGGAUUGGGAUCUUCUGGAGCCGCCAUUGUUGGCGGAGUGAUGUUGGGAAACGAGAUCGCCGGGCUCAAGCUCUCGAAGGAACGUAUGCUCGACUACUGCUUGCUAAUAGAAAGACAUCCAGACAACAUCGCAGCCGCCAUGUUGGGAGGAUUUGUAGGCUCGUACCUCAACCAGUUGACUGCUGAAGAGACCGCUGCUAAGAGCGUGCCUCUUGAGACUAUUUUGCCCAAGGCGGGUACUGCUGACAGCAGCUUGGAGAGACGUGCUCCACCUGUAGCCAUUGGCCAGUACUUGAAGUACAACUGGAACAACAAAAUCAGAUGUGUCACCAUUAUUCCCGAGUUUGAAGUCAAGACCGACGACUCGCGUGCUGUGCUCCCCACCUCGUACCAGAAGGAGGACAUUGUGUUCAACUUGCAGCGGUUGGCGGUGUUGACCACUGCGUUGACACUCGCGAAGGUGGACCACAAGCUCAUUUACGAAUCGAUGAAGGAUAAGAUCCACCAGCCAUACCGCGCGCUGCUCAUUCCAGGGCUCGAGACUGUUUUGGCCGAGGUGACCCCUGAGUCCAACCCGGGCUUGUGUGGUAUCUGUUUGUCUGGGGCCGGCCCCACAAUUUUGUGUUUGGCCACGGAGAACUUUGAGGAGAUUGCCAACACGGUGGUGGACAUUUUCAGCAAGAAGAAUGUCAAGUGUCUGUGGGAGGUGUUAGAUCUUGCCUACGAGGGAGCCACAGUUGAGUACUAA